AUGCGUUUCCUACUCUUGUCUUUGGUUGGAAUAUUUGCCUCCCUUGCCAAUGCCACUGGUUGCAACAAAUGUUUGAAUCAGAACGAGGAUAGACUCCGCUUGGGCUGCUUCGACAAAUGCAAAGAGGCCUUCAGUCCCAGCAGCUCUGAGUGGCGUGCUUGUCGGGAUCAAUGCGAUGAAUUCGUCUUCCAUGACCAUUGCUGUACUUCGUCCUGCAGCACCAAACCCAAUGUUUGUCUGAACGACUACUUUCACCGGGUUGGACUGCACAAGCGCGAGUCUUCCGACACAGAGACAUUCCGCAGCUGGCUAGAGUCUAUUCGAGAGAACCCCGAUCACCUUGAUAAACGGGCCUUGCUGGCUGGAGAUGCUCCUUACCAUUUUAUCCGCAGUACUGAGGACUUGCGCUCGCUGAACCACCCUGACUUUCACGAAACCGUCGUAUACGAUGUCAGCGACCACGAGGAGCACACCCUGGAGCGUCGUGUGGACCAUGGCAAGGUCUGCUGCUUGGCUGCAAAGACGGUACUCAAUGCGGGCGCCCUUCAGGUUGCUCCAGCAUUGCAAAAGGACGAAUGGAAUGAGGAAGAAUAUGCUGGGUUGGUGCUGGUGAGCUUUGGCGUUGCGGGAGCCUGGGCAUGCAAUUAUGCGUACAAUGUGCAGUGUAUUUUCUUCAAUGGCCGACCAGCUCCGGAGCAUUGA